AUGCCCGUUCAGCAGUUGAUCGUCGGUCUGCGCGAUGAAAAAGCUCUGGAAAAUCUCUUAUCAGAGAAGAAGGAUUUGUCAUGGGAGAAAGCCUGUGAUAUCGCCAGUCAUCGGGAGCGCGUGCGACGAAACCUUCAGCAGGUGAAUCAGUCAAACGAUGAUGUGAUAGCAUCCUUAGAAUCUGAAAUGGCUGUCUCCCUAGUCAACGCUGCUGUGUCUUCACUUAGACAGCGAUCCUCAGCUCCCUGA